AAGAAUAUUAAAAUUUUUUUGUUUUUAACCAUGAUACGAAUUUACGUCAUUUAUUUUAUUUGUAUUUUUGAAAUAAUUCAAAUUAUAGAAAAUUGUAGUGCGCGUCCAACAACAAAUAACAAUAACAAUAAUAAUAAUAAUGAUAAUCAAAUAAUAUUAAAUGAAUCAAAUGAAAAUAAUAAUUCAAAUAAUUUAUUAAAUAAUAAUAAUUUAAAUGAUAAUACAAAUUUAUCUAAAAGAUCUAUUGUAUUUUCAUCAUCAAAUAAUUGUGAUAAAGUUGAACAUACAGGAAAAUGUCCAGAUAGAUCAAAAAAUAAAAAACUUGGUGCAACAUCAAAAACUGGUAUCGAAUUAUUAAUAUCAACUUUAUCAACACCAGGAGAAGCUGAUCUUAAAAAUAAUGACGAUCAUCCAGCUGAAGCAUUACCAGUUAUUUCACACAAUAUGUUUGAUAUUACAAAAAGUUGAAUCUUGCGAUGAACUGGAACGUGAAUGAGAUGAAAAAUUAAUGUGGUUAAAAAAUUAUUAUUACCAUUAAUAUUACCACAUAACCCUACAUAUUAUCAUAUUGAAAGAUUGAAUUCUGAAGUAAUGGGAAUUUCAAUGUAUUUUAAACAUUCCAAAUAUUCUGACUGAAUUUGAACAGUGAAUAAACCAGAACGACAAGGAUUUAUAAUGAAAUCGUCAAACUUUUAUGUUAUAAAAAUACAAGGGACAUUUUAAAUAAUUGCAAAUAUGUUUUGUAUGUAAAUAAUUUUCAUAUUGAAAAAUAUAAAAGUUGUGAUUUGAUUUAAUUAUACUUAAAUAUUAUGUAGAUAGAUGUAACACAAUGUUCAUAUUUAUAAGAAUAUUAUAGCUUAAACUAUUUACUAGAUUGUUAUAAAAUUAUAUUAGACGUAUUAUAA